AUGUACGCUCCUCCAUAUACUAAAGCGGCUAAGCUUUUGAGUACAAGUCUCUCCACAUCAACAUGGGGAAGCUGGCUUCCGGGACAGUCCGUGAUCAGCGCAACUGAUACCGCUGAUCCCUAUGGACAGGCAGCAUGGUCAUCAAUGUGGUUGGAGGCUGAUCUCCAGAACUAUACUACGACCGGAAUGUUUUCAACUACUAUCAGUCCUACUGCGGUUCCCACCAGCGAACUUGUGCUCCCACCCCGCGACUACUUCGGCCCUACUGAUUGCUAUGACUUCCCUGAUGAUUUCAUAUUUGGUGUUGCAGGAAGUGCUGCUCAGAUCGAAGGUGCCAUUGCACUUGAUGGACGUUCUCCGUCGCUGUUGGAAAAACUGAUCAGUGGAGACGAGCCGAAAGACUAUGUCACCAACGAGAACUAUUUCCUAUAUAAGCAGGAUAUUGAACGAUUAGCUGCGAUGGGGGUGGAGUAUUAUAGCUUUACCAUCCCAUGGACACGCAUCUUGCCCUUCGUCUUACCUGGCACUCCUGUAAAUCAGCAAGCCAUUGACCACUAUAACGACUUGAUCGACACUGUUCUUGAUGCGGGAAUGAAGCCUAUCGUUACUAUGCUUCACUUUGACAGUCCUUUGAUGUUUGUUGCUAGCGACAAUAUAACGAGGCAUCCGGAUAUCGGUUACAACAACGCCGGUUAUCAAAAUGAAACAUUCGUGGAUGCUUUUGUGAACUAUGGCAAGAUUGUUCUGACUCAUUUCGCUGAUCGAGUGCCGAUUUGGGUCACAUUUAAUGAGCCACUUUUAUAUGCUUUCAACUUCCAGGGCGUUGAUAACGUCAUCCGCGCUCACUCACAAGUAUAUCAUUUCUAUCAUGACAAGCUCAAAGGUACGGGUAAGAUGGGUCUCAAGUUCAAUGAUAAUUUCGGUGUGCCCAAGAACCCGAAGAACGCUAGUCAUGUCCAAGCUGCAAAUCGAUUCCAAGAAAUGCAAGUUGGCUUUUUUGCGAACCCAGUCUUCUUGGGGAAGCAAUAUCCGGACUCCGUUCUUAACACUAUGCCCGGUGCGAAACGGCUGAAUAACACCGAGCUGGCAUAUAUGAACAACACCGCGGACUUUUUCGGCAUUGAUGCGUAUACAGCUACCGUGAUAUCUCCUGCUGAUGAAGGCAUUGAUGCUUGUGCUUUGGACUCAUCAUCCUCAAACUCUCUCUUUCCCUACUGUGUGAAUCAAGAGACCACGAAUAUCUAUGGUUGGAAUAUUGGAUAUCGGUCGGAGUCAUAUGUGUAUAUCACACCAACCUAUCUCCGGGAAUUCCUCUUCGAUAUCUACAAUACCUGGAAGCACCCGGUCUUCCUAUCCGAGUUCGGCUUUCCUGUAUAUGCCGAGGCAACCAAAGAGCUCCCGGAUCAAUUAUUCGACUCCCCUCGCAGUCAAUAUUAUCUCUCGUUCAUGUCUGAGGUACUGAAAUCAAUUUACAAGGAUGGUGUGCAUGUUAUGGGUGCACUCGCAUGGAGCUUUGUUGAUAACUGGGAGUUUGGAGACUACUCGCAACAGUUUGGUAUGCAGAAGGUGAACCGAACCACUCAGCAGCGAUAUUAUAAGAAGAGCUUCUUCGAUUUGGUGGAUUUCGUCAAGACUCGCCAGUCAUCGAAGCAAAAUUAA